AUGCCGAAGCCGGUCGAGGCGCAGCCAGAAGCUUCACCGAAGAGGGCGGUGGACAACUUUGCGUCGUUUAGAGGAUCCGGAGGACAUAAUAUGGGUAGCAGCUCGACGGGGACAUGCGUCGCGGUCGGCGAUGAGGUCGAGGAUCAGAAUCACCUGUUCGACCGCAUCCAAACGAAGGUCGAGCGAAACGACGUUGUCGUCCGGUGC